AUGCAUAUGGUGGAUCCGUUCGCUCAGGACACGAGCACCAUCUGCUCGUUCUGGGACGCUAUUCUCGCUACCGCCUUCUUCAGAUGCUGGCAUCUUAUCCUCUUCUUUGCUGGCUGGUCUACGGCCGUGUCCGUCAUCAGCCAUAAUGUUCAUUCUUUGUCGAUACAGCCGACUCUCCUCACAGCGCUUGGAACCGUUCUCGGAUUCGUCGUUUCCUGCAGAACCACGUCCAGCUUCGAACGAUACAACGAAGGCCGGAAAUAUUGGGCUCAGAUCGUCUUGAGCACCAGGACAUUGUCGAGGACGAUCUGGUUCAGCGUUCCUGACACCGUUGAGGGGAACUUCACUGCAGACGAAGCGAGAACACGUGCUCUGAUUGAGAAGAAGACUGCCAUUAACCUGCUAGAAGCUUUCGCAGUCGCUGUUAAGCAUUACCUCCGCGGAGAGGAAGGAAUUCACUACGUUGACCUCUAUCCCCUGGUCAAAUACUUACCUGGUUAUGGACUUCCGCCCGGAAUGCCCUCCAUGGAUAAAGUGAAUGACGAAGACGUUAUUUCCUCCCUUCAGGAGAAGACCGCAUUCGACGAAGCUACGAUGACUGAGAAUGCAUCGCACCUAAAGACUGGACUCAAGAUUAUCAUUUCACCUCCUCCGUCCACCCUUGCUGUUCCGUCGACAAUCAGACCGAGUGGUACACGCUCAGGCAAUCUCAGUGUCGCUGCCUCGCCUUUGUCUCCUAAAUCGUUCCGGAGCGCUAGAGUUCCACCGUCGGUUUCUACCUUCGCAAGCGAGAAUAUACUCCUUCCAGCGCGCAUGCCCCCAAGAUACGCUUUGCUGGACUUCUUUCCUUUCUCCCUGCUCCUUAAACCGCUCGAUCACCAAGGCAAGGAGUUGAGAGGCAAAAAAGCUGCCCGAUUGCGGGCGAAGAGAGUGGGGCGCGAACACUCCCAGAAUAUCCCGCUCGAGAUUUCUUUGUACUUGGGAUCGUAUAUCGCCACUCUUCAACAGCGAAAAGUCAUGGAAACGCCCACUUGCAAUUUACUACUCAAUUGUCUAACCCAGCUCGUGGACGCCUUGACUGGUCUAGAACGCAUACUUACCACUCCUAUCCCAUUUUCUUAUUCUGCCCAUUUAUGGUCAGUGACGUGGAUCUAUUGUUUCUUUUUGCCCUUCCAACUGUAUGCCAUGCUCGGCUGGCUCACGAUUCCUGGGACCACGCUUGUGUCUUUCAUUUUUUUCGGCUUUCUGGCCAUGGGCGACGAGAUUGAGAAUCCCUUUUCGUAUGAGAGGAACGACCUGAACCUAGAUCAUUUCACGCAGACCAUCAUCCAUAAUGAGAUAGUGGCAAUCACGUCGACGCCUAUGCCACAGGUGUCUAACUGGGCAUUUUCGCCUUCCAACGAUGCACUUGCACGACCUUGCGGUGUAGACCCAGUCCAGCGUGUCACCCCCGAAGAAUGGCUACGACGAGGCUCCGCAUGCAUGCUAGCGGCCUUGGCGAGCUAACGUUGUAGGAGGAACCCAGACCAAAGUCUCUUCACUCUAAAUCCUGCGGUUCGGGACGUUUAGGGAACCUAUGUACCUAUGAGACUUGAGAUGUUUUCGACCCGAUCGAGCUGCUGGUAGCUACCCAUGUGUAUUAUUGUGACUGCGGGCAUAUGCUAUGUUUAUAGAUUAAUCCCGAUCUACAAGCGUUCCCCGGGGGGAGGGUGACGGAGGGUGCAGUGUUACGAAGUAUGACCCAUCAUCGCCAAUGCCCAAAUAUGUCGAAUAGCCUUUCGCUAAUCUUCUUCGGCUUGGAAGCUGGUUGACCUUCACCAGUAUUGCCUGGACCGGAUUUGCCGAGUGAACGACGAUUGUGCGUCCGGUCAAGAGCAAGGUCGGCCUCUCGUUCCCGUUGCGACUCGCCAGCCAGCUUGGCUUCGUACUCCGCUUUGGCUCUUUCAUAUUCUGCCUUCUCUAUCGCAGCUAGACGGAUGGCGCGGCGUGCUUCUUCCCUUUGCAGCUUGUUCGAUUUCGGCGGUACUGCGGCAAUCUCGACGGUCUCCUCGAGCGGCUCGGAGGAAGAUUGCGAAGUGUUAGACGUUGAAGUUGAGGUUGACGGGGGAGGUGCGGUAGAUGCGGUAGACCUUGACGUGGCAGCGGCCGCAGCUCUCGCAUUGUUGAAAGCUUCCAACAGAGAUAGAGGUUCUUCCCGCUGUGCAGUAGCAGUUGGUGAGGUGAAAGCUGCCAGCUCGUCCUCCGUGGCCCCACCAGCUUGCGCUUCGGCAGUGUCCCUUUGGAUAGCGUCCACUGGAGGCGGCAUGCUGUCACGGAGCGCUUUCCAGUUUUCCAUCGCUGCGUCCCACAACGGUCUCGUAUCGGUCUGAGGCGGAGCAGACAUUGAGGUCGCAAAUCCGCCCCACGUUAUGAAAGCGCGACCGAAGCCUUCGCGCGUCCGCUCACUACGUCUAGGGCGGCCGUGUUGUAGGCUCGAACCAGCCGGACCAUCUCCACGCGGCGACCGUAUGAUGCGCACGUCUAGCAACUUUGGCUCUGCAUCAGCCUUGGCACUGAUGGACGAAGCGCUUCCGGGAAGAAUGUACGAGUGAAUGUGUUCACGACCGAUUCCUCCGAACUGUUCCACAAACGUCGGAACCCGCGCCGGAGCUUCUACCUGCAUGUCUUCACCUGCCUCAGGAACUUUUGCUAUGGCCUCGGAGUCCUUAAACGUGGCGAAUAGGAAUGGCGCAUAGAGAUCUGGUCUGUCGUCUCGCCGGACUAAGCGGUAUUCCUGAACGGGGCCAUAUUUUCGUUCCACUGCCUGGACGAUGGCCAGGCCUUCUGGCAUAGAGCUGAUCCCAUUCCAGGACUUGACGAAGACAGUCCGUUCAGACCGCGCCCGUCCCGUUGGGACCGCUCGCUCGGUAGAUGGCAUUGAGGUGUUAGCCUCCGUCGCCAUUGCGCGCCAUGCUUGUCUAUGAGCGACGUUUGCGCGCGCCAAGCCGCGCGUUGAGGCCAGCAUAUCCAAGUAAACUGCAAGUCGCUCUGCCGUCACGAGGACGCACGGCAAGCACUGAACAGC